AUGCACUUCACCAACAGCGUUGUCAUUGGAGCCUCCCUCCUCGGCUUGGCCACCGCCAGCCCUAUCGACCUCGAGGUUCGUGCUGGAGCUUGCUCGAGCUACACUCUCAUCGAUACCCGCGGUACUGGUGAGGCCCAAGGCCCCUCGGCAGGCUUCAUCACUAUGAACCGCAACAUUAUGUCCCAGGUCUCCGGUGGCAAAGAGUACGACACUGUCUACCCUGCCGGCUCCAACCAGGACUCGUCAUCAGGCACCGCAGACAUUGUCAACCACAUCAAGACCACCCUCCAGACCAACCCCAACGAAUGUUUCAUCCUUGAGGGGUACUCCCAGGGUGCUGCCGCCACCGUCAACGCUUUGUCUCAAUUGACCGGCGCCGCAAACACUGCCGUCAAGGGAGUCUUCCUCAUCGGCGACCCCCUGCACAAGAGUGGUUUGACCUGCAAUGUUGACAGCAACGGCGGCACCACAACCAGAAACGUCAAUGGACUUGAGUACAGUUAUUACUCCAACUACAUCCCCUCGACCUGGGUCUCUCGUACCUUGGAUGUCUGUGCUUAUGGCGAUGGUGUCUGUGAUACCACACACGGCUAUGGUAUCGAUUCUCAGCAUCUGUCCUACCCUCAGGAUGCCAAUGUUCAGAGCAUGGGUACUAAGUUUGUUGUUGGCAAGCUCACUGGUACUUCUUAG